UAGUUUAUCAGUUUAUGGAAAUAGUUUUUUGCUAUGCUAAUAAUAAUAAGAUUAUUACUAUCAAUUAUUAUUUUUUUACAUAAAAGUAGGUUACAAUACAUUACCUCAGGCUCAGGACAAAGAUAAAAAUAUUGACAUGUCUAGUGCAAAAAUUACGUUCAUUCAGUGUCACUAUAGACUUUAAGUGUAAGAGACUAGAGAAAAUAUAAAAGUGUAAUUUUAUGUAGACCAUUUAAUUUAGUUUGUGGCACUUGUUCUGAAAAUAGAUGAUGGCUGAUCACAUGAAAGAUGGAGAGUGACAAGAAGAAAGAAAAAAUUAUAGGUGGAGCUUUUCUGGCUGGAGUAGCAGGUGCCUCUCUAGUGUUUGGGUUUGGGAUGACUCUGGCCAUGGCUAAAAGAAAAGACCCAUCUUUUUUCACAAAAGGCCUCAUUGGAAGCAAGGAAGCCCCAGAGAGUGGGGGAAGUUUGGCUAUUCGUGCUUUGGGCUGGGGUACCUUAUAUGCUGUAUGUGGGUUUGGACUUUUCUGUUUUGGUGCUUGGAAGUCUUUAGGUGUACAGAAUUUGAAAGAGUUUCGUCAGAAAAUUGGAGAAAUGCUGCCACAAAUCCCAAAGAAAGAACCUCAAGGGAGGACUGAGUUUAAAAACCUUCGUGAACUUUUAAACUAUGUCAUUGAAGAGAGUGAAAAGAGUAAGCGAUCCUAAUCUGAGAUGAUUGGAAUUAGAAUGAAAAACUGCUACAAGCUAUGGCUUUAUUGUAGAAUAGUUAAACCUCAGUGUUAGAAACAGUCGUGACUACGUGGUUGAUGUGUCGGAACUUGUUUGAUACUUUUUGCUUGAGAGAAAGUUUAGACAGAAACAGUGUACAAGAAAUGUGUUGUUAAUGGAGUACAUCUUUCUAGGAAAUUUUUGGAUGACGUUUUGAGCUGUUAGCCUGAUGGGAAUCUGUGUUAGCAACUCAAAACAUUGUCGAAAACUUCCUAGACAGAUGCAGUCUAUUAGCAAUGGCUUUUAAGUAAGUUUGAUUCUGGUUACUUGAGAAGAAAAGGUGAAAAUAAAAAAUUUUAAUCAGUUUUAUCAGUGUAUGGAAUAGAGAACUGUACAUGUGGCAACAUUGGGUUAGAAAAAUCACUCCUUUCUGCAAGAUCCAGUUGGAUCUAAACUUACGUGUUAUCACCCAGUAUAUAACCAGACAUAUUUAUCUAGAAACUUGCUUUAAGAUCCAGUUGGAUCUAAACUUACGUGUUAUCACCCAGUAUAUAACCAGACAUAUUUAUCUAGAAACUUACUUUAAGAUUCAGUUGGAUCUAAACUUGUUAUCACCCAGUAUAUAACCAGACAUAUUUAUCUAGAAACUUGCUUUAAGAUCCAGUUGGAUCUAAACUUACGUGUUAUCACCCAGUAUAUAACCAGACAUAUUUAUCUAGAAACUUACUUUAAGAUCCAGUUGGAUCUAAACUUACGUGUUAUAACCCAGUAUAUAACCAGACAUAUUUACCUGUUCAUUGUUUUUCUUAACAUGGUAUUUAUGCUGAGAUCUAAACUAGUUUCUGUAAAGUGAUUUUUUUAACUUCUUUAUAUCUUCAUAUACACUUUUGAAAGUUUUAAUGUAUAAAGCAGGCUUUUCUAAUGUUUUGCAAGUCUAAGCUUCAGAAUUCAAGAAGUGUUUUAUAGUUGAAACUUAAUUUUUUUCAUAAGAGUAUAUGAUUGUAAUACAGGGUGGUCCAAAAUUAUCUUUCCUAUUUUAAAAUUUAACUCUUUCAUUAUGGGCAUCCUAUGUCACUCGCAAGGUUUUAGUGAGUUACAUUUAAUUAAACUACUUUCUUAUCAUGGUAUAGGAAUACAUUUGGCAUAAAAACCCUAUAACCUAAGUGCGUUUGAAAGGUGGACCUUUCUUCUUCAAGGGUAAAUUGGGAAUGUUGAUAUAACUGAAUGAGUGAAAUAUAAAAGGAGUUGAGUGACGUGAUGAAGGUCAGGAAGUAUUUUCUUAUAUUUUUAAUGUACUGUUUUUAAGUGUCUCAUAUCUGGUGCAACAUGGCUGGAAAUGAGAAUGUUAUGUAAAAUGGUGUUAGAUGUUUUACUGUACAAAUGGUUGUGUUGUUAAAGUAAAAUAUAGAUGAUACAAGGAGAU